CGGCAAAAAAGCUGCACUUCACCAUCAGCCAGCGAUGUCGAGCAUCGAGAAGUUGUCGAUCCGCGGCAUCCGCAGCUUCAGUCCGAACCGCGAGGAGAUCAUCGAGUUCUACCAUCCUCUGACCAUCCUCCUGGGUGACAAUGGCUGCGGCAAAACCACAGUGAUCGAGUGCCUCAAGCUCGCGUGCACAGGCGGUCUUCCCCCCGGUGCACGCAGUGGCCAAAGCCUCAUCCACGACCCAAAGAUCGCCGGUACCAACGAAGUGAAAGCCAGUAUCCGCCUACGCUUCCGCAAUCGAGCUGGUAAAGCUAUGCUGGUGCAUCGUACGUACCAGGUGCGUCAGACAAAGAAGACGAUGAACUUUAAAGCUCUAGACGGCGUCAUCCGCGUGGUGAACGAGCUGGGCGAGAAGGUUUCGCUUAGUCACAAAUGUGGCGAGCUCGAUCAGCACAUUCCAGACAUGCUGGGAGUGUCUAAAGCCAUUCUAGAAAGUGUCAUCUUUUGUCACCAAGAAGAAUCCAACUGGCCAUUAAGAGAAGGCGCCGAGUUAAAGAAACGAUUUGAUAAUAUCUUCGAGUCGGCGAGAUACACGAAAGCUCUUGAAGCUAUUAGGAAGCUGAAGAAGGCGCGACUGGAAAAUGCUAAGGACUACAAACGGGACUUGGAUGUGUUGACGACGCACAUGAAGAUGGCGGAGGAGAUUCGCGAUAAAAUUGAGAGAUUGCAGGAGAAACUUGAAGAAAUUACAGAACAAGGAGAAGGAGCGAAGGAGAAAAUUGAUAAGGCGAAGGAGACGUUGAGGGAGCUGCAGCAAUUGCAAGAAGAAGUCAAGAACUUUCAUUUACAGCUGGAAAGACGACAAGAAGAUGUGGUCAUGAAGGAGCAGAGUGUGCGUACUGCAUACAGCAAAAUUGAGAACAUUAUGAGCGACACUGAUGAUGAGUUACGAGGCUUCUUGAAUGACUAUGAUGCUAUUAUUGAGGAUCAUCGUAGAGCGUUUACCAGACUGCAAGAACAGGAUGAAAAACUGCAGAAAGAGCAACAUAAAGCCAAGGAGGACUACGUGACGCUACGUGACAAUAAAGCACGCGUUGAAACGAACAUUGACACGUACCAGAAGAAGGUGGCGGACCUCAUUGACUCGGCUUCGAAGCUCAGUACCAAGUAUCGCUUCCACUUGCAGCCUUUGUCCUCGCAACAGGAGGAUAUUUCGACCUUUUUGGCAGAGUUUAGGAACGUUGUCAAGGACAAGCAAGAAGCGGUUAAUAAGCUGGAUGUCAAGCAGCGACAGGAUGACGAUGCGUUAACCACGGAGUUAUCUGAAUUAACCUCUCAGGUGAAGCGUUUGAGAGACGAUUUGAGGACGAAGACGCAGAGUCUUGAGGCACUGAAUAGAGACAAAAAGGUUAUUGCAGAUCGAUUGAGGGAGCUGGGAGGUGCCGGUCUUCAUUCCCAGCGAGACGCAGAGGAAAUGAGCUCACAAGUGUCGGAAGCGGAGAGAGCGUUGGAGGAUUACAGAGCCAAACACAACGUGAUGGCUCUGAGAGACGAGAUCCAAGGGUUUAACAGACAAAUGAGCGACAUCAACCACGUGAUCGAAGAUCUGGGACAGCAGAUCAGCCAAUUGCGCAUAUACGCGCGUCGAAACGCUGAAAUCGAGUUUCAACGCAGUGAAUAUCGCAAAAAACAGGAAAUAUUCCAGGCCAGUUUACACGAAAAAGUGGCGGAUAUUGAAGAAAUCUUUGAAGGUGGCGAGAAGCCGACAGACAGAUCCUCACUAGUGUCGGCACUGCGUAAUAUUGACGACCUUAUUGCCGAGCGCAAGCACUCUCUUGAUACUAAGAGAAGGGAACAAGCGUCAGCUGAACAGCGUUUGAUGGAGAACACGACGUCGUCGAAGCUCGCGGAAAAGGAGUUGAACUCCUUGCGCUCGAAGAAGAACCAACUGGAUAGACAACACAUGACUGGACUGAAAGAACUGCUGGAUAAGGUCAUUCCUGGCCACGACCUGAAGAACGCUGAGCUUGGAGUGAAGGAAGCUGAGCGCGCGUAUGCUGAUGCCAAAGACAAAGUCGUACGUCGCAAGAACAUGGUCAUGUUUCUCAAUAUCUACAAGAAAAAAGGACUUAAAGAUCACUGCUGUCCACUAUGUGAACGUGACAUGAGUCCCGAGGAAGAGCAGGCUUUUGAGAGCAUUUUGAGCGAUAAAACGGAUGACGGAAAGGUUGCUGACAAGAUCAAAAAGGCCGAAGAUCUGGAGAAAUCGUCGCUCCAGACACUGACGCAGAUUAAGGAGAAGAUGCCGAGUUGGCGCAAGUGGCUGGAGCUCGAGACUGCGAUCCCUGAAAAAGUAACUGAGCUGGAGGAGAUUUAUGCUGCUCAGAAAGCUCUGGAGGUGGAUGUGCAAGACAAAAAGGCAGUGUUUGAUCUGGCACAGGAGCAGUUCGACGCUGCCAAGACGGCUAAGUCCGAUAUGGAGAUCUUGCGUAAAUCUGCCGACGAGCUUCACUAUUCCGACGUGGCUAUCACGAAAGAGGAGGAGCGUAUGAGAGGGAGUCAGGGAUCGAAUGGUUGCUCGUUGUCAGAUGUGGAAGCCGAGAAAGACGCCAAGCAGGCAGAAGUCCAGGAGCUGAACCACCAGCUUCAACGCAAGCAGAAAGAACUUGAUCAUAUCAACGAAAUGCUGCAGCAGUUGCAGAACGAAAUACACAGUCGGAAGGAGGAAAAACUCCGCAUUGAAACGCAGCGUAAGGAAUAUGAUGAAGCCAUUAAAGAGCAGAACAGACUACGGGAGCAGGAGAAGAGCUUGAAAGAAGCCUGUGCAAAGCUGAAGAAGUCGGAGCCCGAGCUGGAGCGUGAAGUUCGAGCGAAGACAACGCAACGCGAGACGCGACGUGCAGAGGCGAGAGAACAGCUACGAGCCCAACGAUCUGAGCUCCAGGAACGCCAGGAAGACUUCCGUGUGUUCAGUGAUAAAUGCAAGCAAGUGCAGCACGGCGAACUGGACAGACUGGAGCGUGAAGUUCAAACGAUAAGUGAUAAUAUCGCACAAACCAAGCAGCGUGAAGACAGAGUAGUCCAAGCUUUGGCAGAUCUGGCCCCUCAGAUGAAAAGUGCUGAGAAGAAUCUGAGCGAGAAUGAGAUCGUUAAGCGACGCAUCCAAGACAAUCUCGACUACCGUGAGCUUCAAAAGGAAUUGGCGAAGAUGCGUGCUGAGGUUGAAGAUCUCAAGAAUCAUAUCGGUAAUUUACCGUCGCUAGACGAUGUAAAUGAUCGAGUGGAAGCUGCAGAUGCUGCGUUGACUUCUGCGCAACGUUCGGCUGCGAUGAUGGUGGGGAAGAGACAGCAGUUGAUGGAGGAGAUUCGCGAGCAGAAGAUCAAGCUCCGUGUCCCGACGUUAAAGGACGUUGAAGAGAAGUAUCGACACAAGUUGAUCCAGUUCGAGACGACCCAGAUGGCCGUGACAGACCUGGAUCGCUACUUCAAGGCGCUGGACGAGUCGCUGCUGCAGUAUCACUCGAAGAAGGUGGACGAGAUCAACACGAUCAUUCGUUCGCUGUGGCAGAUCACGUACAAGGGCCAAGAUAUCGACACGAUUGAGUUGGUGAGUGGACAGCAGGAUGGCGCGGUGUCGAAGGCCGCACGCUCCUAUGACUACCGUGUCGUGAUGAAGAAGGCUGGAGCUGCAAUCGACAUGCGAGGUCGCUGUAGCGCAGGACAGAAGGUUCUCGCGGCUUUGGUGAUCCGUUUGGCUCUAGCCGAGACUUUCUGCUUGAACUGCGGAAUCCUGGCACUCGAUGAACCUACGACGAAUCUUGACACGGAGAACAAAUUCGGACUUGCACAGGCGAUCACUGACAUUCUGAACGCGCGCUCGCAGCAGCAAAACUUCCAGCUUGUCUGCAUUACGCACGACGAAGAAUUCGUGCAGAUGCUCAGUCGUACACAAGCUAUGGAGGGAACCCGCCCUGAAUUCUACUGGCGCAUUUUGAGAGAAGACAUUGGCGGCAACCGGUUUGUGAGCAAGAUCGAACGACGCGAGUGGGAGGAUGGCAUCUAAGUAGUCGCACUGCACGGUGAUGCAUUCGUAUUUUCUUUCAUCUAUUGGAAAUCUAUCUAGCAAGUGUGAGCGCUCUUUUGCUUAUGUGCUCUUCUUAGCAUCGAGUUUCUGCUGCAACUGCAGCUGCACGUCAAGGUUGCUGCUCUGCUUGAGUAGUUCACGAACCGCCAUGGUCGCGUACGAGGAAGGACCCAACUGGAACUCAAGGCACAGAGCACGACACUUGCCGUCAGGGAUGGAGGGCUGGGCGGAGCGGCCUUCGAGACGGUCAACGUCCGUUUCGAGGAGCGGCACCGUGGGGUCAUUAUACCUCUUGAGUUCAUGCUCCACAUUGAUAGGCUUCCUCAGCACAUGACGAUAGGAGCCUGGUAGAUGGUAUUCCGAGUUGGUUGCACGCUCCAGAGCUUGGAAGUCCACACCGUCCGCCUUCAUGAUCUCCUCGUACCGCUGCUUCAAUGCGUUCUCCGGAUACUUGACACUGUAACCAGGCAAAGGAAGCACCACGUCGUAGAUGCUGUACUGGCUCACGUUCUCGCCCGUAACUACGGUAACAUUUGCUUCAGAGCGUGAAGCUUCCGCCGACGUCCUUGGUUUCUUGUUCACAGGAUCAGCAUCGUCGGCUUCCUCGCUCUCAUCAACAGACUCCUCCGUCAUUUUAUCGUGAGGAAUGACCAGAUCUCCGACCAUAGGCGCGUACUGCGUCAAGCGCUCGCUAGCCACGGUAUUCCACACGUAACUCUGGUACGAGUGCGUGUACAUCAUACGGAGAUGGCGCGGGAUACUCUGGAUCGCAGUGGCGUACGCCGUCAACCCGUGUGCGCCAAGUCCUUGUAGCACAGCACGCUCAGCGAUCAGAUAAGAAGGCAGCGCCUUGAGCGCUGCACUGACGUCCUGGUUGUCUUGGAAAGCUUGACGAGCCUCGCGGAUCUUGGUCGCGUCACCUUGUUGCGGAGACAGCAACAAGUCUACCACUCGUUUGUGGUCUCGCUGUAAGAUAGCCCGUCCGAUCUCGUGCGUAGCGAUGGCCUUGGUACCGAAUCGCUGCAGACCGAAGUAAUUUAUGAAGCCGCGUUCACUCCAACUGCGUACUGCGGCGUGGAUCUGCUCGUCCGAGAUGGUCUCGUCAUCAGGAAGAUCGCGAAUAGCCAACGAGAAGCGAUUGCCACGUAGAUCACCGAGGUUCAGACGCUCAGAGACGAACUUAGCGCUGCCCACGAGGAAGUUGAACGAGUCGAGGUCACGACCAGCACGGUUCAGCGUCUCCAGUCGCUCCUUUGAGCCGCGAUAGACUGUGCAGAGCUGUGUCGUGAUACCGCGCUUGUCCUUCGUACCGGCAUAUGUGAAAGCUGAAACAUUCGCGUUCAUGGCCUUAGCGAGCUGCAUCAUGACGCUGUUCGUCUCCAUGUUGCGUUUGUAGAGCACAAACUGCAAGUAAUCAGGACGGUUCUUCGGCCAUGACAUGCGGCCAUUGUUUCCUCCACGUUGGUCGAUAUCCUUCCGCUUCUUACCGCCAACCAUCACACGACGAACUCGAAUCACCGACACAUCGUCACUGUUAGUCGUCGUGUCUGAGACAACAAUGCCACUGCCAAACUUGCGCACCAGCUCAUGCACCGCUGCACGCGUCUCCUUGGCUUCAAUGGGCGGGAAGAAGAAUGUCGUCUCCGUCUCAUUAUUCACCUCAUCAGUCGAGAUCUUCUCCUCUUUCUUCUCGGCUUUGCUCUUGUUCUUGUUAAUGUUGUUCGC